AGCCAGUAUCUUCGUAUAUUAUAUAUAUUUCACUAUCUUUUUUUAUGUUUUUUAAACGUUUUUUAUUUAGUGUAGGCUGGGUGUUUCCUCAAGCUUUUUUAAAAUAUAUAGUCCCCGCAUUUUAAGGGAGUUUUCAGUCUUGUCAAUUUUCUCCAAUACCGAUAUAAAAGGAAACAUCUAGGUCUGAAGACUGUAGCUGGAAUAUCCAUGGGACAAGGUGGGGUUGGCCAAUGGUCCAUUCUCCGCCAUCCAUAGAGCUCGCCAAAUGGAACUUUUCUGCAGUAGAAAGCUUAAAGUGGAGUGUGCCCUGGGUAUGCCCUUUGAAAUCGUCACAUCCUAGACCUAGGCCCCUUCACAAUAUCACAUUCACCAGAUCCAGAAAAAAAAACUUCAUGAUGGGUUUAUAUCUAGUAUUGGAGUGUAGUGGGACAAGGACCUCCGUCUGGUGUAGUGCAAUCCAGACCUCCGUCAAAAAGCACCUAGUGAAAUGCAAGUGGGAAGGCAGUGGGGUUAUUUAUUUGUCUUGGUCAUUUCCAAGCCCUGAUACCCAUACGGGGGAGUAUCGCCACAAAGUGGAGGUUUGGAGUCAGAGUUUUCCUUCUCCUAGAUGGGUUGCGUUAUUUAGGCUGAUGUGCCCCAUCAACACGAAGCUAAACUGGUUUUGAGGCACCAGUGUUCCGCCUUUCAUCCCUUCUCAUGUCAGUUUGUAAGAACAUGUUCCGCCGGAUUUUUGGUAAAAUCACACCUGAAGGCCAGGAGCUGGAUUUGACUGUCAGAGGCAUUUAGAGACACAAGCCAUGGGAGCAUUUCUUGGAAAGUGGGUGCUUAUCCCCACUUUCGCCCCCGGCAUUGAGAGUCCUUUGGAAGAAGAAGAAAUGUUUUUUAUUUAAACUUCUUAAAUUGUUCUUUGCUUUUGUAGUAAAUAGGAUGCAGGACCAACACAUUUAUUUUUUUAAAAACACAACAUUGUGUUAGUGGUUCCUCUUUUUUAGUUAAUUUCCCGUGACCUAAAAAAUGUAAAUAAUACAAUUUCUUAGUGCAUUUGUUCAUCUUUUAUGAAAUUUGAAGUGAUAAAAUGUGUUUAGUGUUGUGAUUUUUUCAAUAUUUAUUAAUUAAAUGUUUAAUUAAAAGGCUAAAUCUUUCAGUCAAUCGACUUUUGUAAGGAAUUUUUAAUAUAUUUCCUUUUCCUUGCUCUGUUUAAAAUAAAUUUUAAAAAAAUGUGUUUCUAAAAAAGAUUAUUUUAUUUAUUACCCUUUUGUUGCCCUUUCAUCUUCCUUUAAAAUAAAAUUAAAUACCUUAGAUUAUUAAAUAAAAUUUUUAAAAGUUACCUAGUUUUAGUAACCAAAUCCCCCCUUGAAAACUAUUGCUCAUCCCGGAAAACUCUAUGUUUUCAAUCAAAAUAAUUCGCACUGAAAGAGUUAAGAGAUUACCGUCUCAAGUGGAAAUUAAAAUCUGGAUGCAAACGUAAAAAUUAGAGUAUCAUGCAGAACAAAAGCUUCAUGCAAUGAAUCAGUCUGUACCUAAUCCUCCUCAGCCUCCUCACAGUCGACAGUCUGCUGCUAAUCUAUCCAGGUCACCAGUAACACCAAGAGCUCAGUCUAGACCUUACGCUGAAUAUGUUGCCCAGCAGCAGAGAGUUUUGGCCAGCUGUAGAUCUGGACACAAUAAAGAUUUACCUGAUGGACCUCGACUUUGGCGCCAGAUGAUGAUAGGCUUCACUUGUGCUGGUUUUGUCGGCCUCACUAUGCUAGUUCUAGGAACAGUGUUUAUUGCUGAAGCAGUGGGCAAACAGCAGCCUAUAACUGUUAUGCUGUGUGUUAUGGGAAUAGUGUUUGGCAUUAUCAUUCUUGUUGGCACAAUAAUUCUUGGAAGACUUUUGAUAUCUCGAAAAUGGCUAAGAUGUCAAGGAAGAGAAACAAUGCCAGCAUCUCAGUGUUUUCAUACCUGUUCAGUGAUUUACAGCCCAUCAUUAGAUCAGCUGGGUGCCAGUGAAACCAUGUUGGAGGCACCUCCUGCUUAUGAAUCAGUCAUCUCCAUUGUCCUCCAUCCUCUGCACAGCCACAGUGCUCCAGCCUAUGUGGAGCAUCCUGUUGAUGAAGAUGAUCCUACAUCGAUCAUGGUUUUGCCACCAAAGUAUGAUGAGGUAAACAUGCCUUUACCAGAAUAUUAUGAAAAAAGAGACAUUUAGCUCUCCUAUAUCUGUGUUCUUCUUGUUGUGAUUUAAACAUUAUAAAUUUGUAAAUAUUUACACAUUUCUUGUAUCUUAUGAAUUCACCAUCUAUGAAUCUAAUGUAUGAGUCCUUUUAAGGUGGUCAUUUUUAUAUUUUUCAUUUGUGAAAUAUAUACUUGAAAAUAUGUACAAUUGAUGUAUGAUUAUGAAUGAAAUUCACUUUUUAAUGCUUGCAUUUUAGAUUGAAAUUUGAAUUUUGAAGAUGUAUAAGAAACAUUUUUAAAUACCAAGUAUCAUACAACCAAAACAUACCUUUUUUGGUAAAUUAGAAUUAGCACAUUACAAUUUUCCAAUCGCCUUAAAAUUUUAACACAGAAUGUGUGAUUUUAUUAUUUGACUUAAACAUUAAGACUAAAUGGAGUGGGCUUCUUUGUACAUAUAACUACCUGAUUAUAUUCUUUCAUGAAAUGUUUUUGUAACUGAUUUUGCAAAAGUUACUUUGGUGUAAUUUUAUUUUACACAAUUUCUGAAAUUUAAACAUAAAUAAAUCUAUUUAUUGUAUUCCUUAACAAACUUCUUGUUUUCUAAUGGCUGUGCAUUAUUUCUUCUCAUUAACUUAUUAUUAUAUUGAUUUUGUUUUUGAACAUACACACAGUGUACUGUGCUGUCAGUGUUUGGAUUAAAUAUUUGUUUAUCAAGUAUUUCUUGUAUUAAAUAUUUGUUUGUUAAGUAUUUCUUGUACUAAAUAUUUCUUUAUUAAGUAUUUCUAUUAAAUAAUAUUGUUGAGACAUAUCUUUAUUCAUAAUUGAAUCCUUUUUAUUUUUGUUCUUACUAUUGUCUUGAUUUUCAUUCUAUACAAAGCUAAUAAAAAAAUUAAGGUCUGAGCUGAAAUAUAACAUUUAUUUAAAAAAAUAUUUUAGAUGAAUGUAAAUUUUUUUUUAUUAACUUUUAAACCUUCAUAUUUUGUGCUACAUAAUUAACCUAGUUUAAAAACUACAAAGGUUAUUAUUUAAUGUUGGCUCUUAUCAUUGAACAUACAUAUAGCUAUGUCACCCUCAAUCUUUUACCAAGCUUAUAUCAACUCACUCCGUCUGUCUUGUAACAAGUUUGUACUGGUACAUGUUACUUCUCCCACACCUAAUCUCAGAUUAAGCAGAAAUUUUGCACAUUUAUUUCUUUUACCUGGCAAUACAAGAAUGAAAAAAAAAAAAGUUAAACUAUUGGUUAUGUAGCAAUUGGUAAUUAUUAUUUUGUUUGGUAUUGAACAAGGAAAAGAAAUUGUACUUAACUGAUGUGGUGGUAUGACUUGAAUUAGUCCCCUUUAUACUUUGCUUUAAAGUUUGAAACUAACAAUAGGUAACUAUAAAUCCUACUAUCGUCAUAAACUCCUCUCUGGUACAGUGGUUUGUGUGUUGUAAUUAAGCUAAAACCCUCCAGUUCAAAUCCAGGUUGUUCAACUUUAAAAAAAAAAAUUAUUUUAAAAGGCUAUCAUGGUAAUAUUUACCCAGAUACCCCCUUCUUUCUCCCCACCCCACCCCCACGGCUUUUCCAACUGGUCCAGACAAUUGAUAGGAUCAUAAUGUACUGAGAAAGCUAAAAGUAUGAAAUUGUGCUAAACAAAAGCAAUUGGUAAAAAUAUUUCUAAUUGCACAGAUGUAUUAUUGUUAGUUUAGCUCUAUUACAAAUUUAAUUACAUGACUGAUCCAACUAAUUGAUACUACAAUGCUUAAUAUAAGCUUUGUUUUUUAAAAAGUAUUUAUUAUUAUUUUUUAAUAAUUUUUUUGUUAAGUUUUUUUUUCUUCCUUACUUAUUUAGUCUUUGUGAUACAUUUUUGUGAUGUGCCUUUUUGGGUAUCAUUGCAUUUUUCACAGUCUCUACUUUCUAUCUUUGAGUUUUACUUCUUUUAUGUCAGAUAUUUUCAUUUUUCUUUUCUUUAUAAUUGCUUAAUUGUGCUUAAUCUUUUUUUUUCUUCCUAUAAUUUGUUUUUUCUAAUGAUUCUGUUUGUUCACUUUAACACUUUUUUGUUCUCAGUAUUCAUGUUAAAACAAAAAAUGUGUAAAUUAAGAUGAUAUUAUUGAACUCUGUUGCUGUGAUUUGGUGUAUUUUUACAUUGAAAAGUAAUUAUUACUGAUUUUCAAAAUCUCCCUGCAAUUCAUAAAAUUCCAAAUGUUUUAUUUUAUUUCCUUUAAUAUACUUUGUUCACUUUAUUCACAUUUUGUUAUAGUCUUAUUUAGUAACGUUGUCCAAUGCAAUCCUAGUUAUGGAGUGCAUCAUUUUAUUGUUUAUCAAGAAGACAACACAAAGCUCAUCUCUGAAUGUUCUUUUGCUUUGAGUACUACUGUAGUUGUAUUUCAUUUGAGUAAUUCAAGUUUUCUUGUCAAUAUGGAUUGAGAAUGAUAGUAUAUUUUCUCAUUUCAUUUUGUACUUUUUAACAUUUUAUCUUGUUUAUUUCUAAAUGAUAAUAAUUUGUGUCCCAGAAAGAAAUCUCAUUUGCAUAAAACUUUUAUUUACAAAUGUAUGGAUAGCUAUUGAGUUCAAUGUCGAACAUUUUUCAACCUUCAUUAAUCUCUCAUUUUUAUUUGGUUGUGUUGUGGACCUUAGUGUAUUUCUCUUUUUAACUUUUUUCAAUGCAAUAGAACUGAUUAUCCAGAUAAAUUGGGAACAGGGCCUAUCUGGAUAAACAAAGGCAGAAGAUUAUUCACCAGCAAUAUAAAAAUAUUAAUGGUGGUAAGACACCAUGCGUAAACUUAAAAUUGAAGUAAAAGUCAGCAUAUUUGAUUUCAGGUGACUGGCAUCCGGAUAUUUGAUGUUCCGGGUGACUGGCUUCUGAAUAUUUGGGGUUCCGAGUGACAGAAAUCCGGAUAGACAUUCUAAUUUACAUUGCUUUUUUUGUAAUCAAAUAGGUGCCAGUACUCAGGGAUGGAUCGCCUUACUUUUAACUACUAAUAAAUUAGUAAUAAAUGUUAAAAUUCAAGAAAAGUAAUAAUUUUUUCCCCACAUUGAAAAAGGUGCCGGUACCAAGAAAGCACUGCUAAUUUAUAUAUAGAACAGAUUUUCAAAAUUCGUUUGUUUUUUUUUUAUUUUUCUUGGGCCUUUCCAAAUUAUUUCUGAACAUAUAAUUGAAGGGUUGUUGAUUUUGUUUUGUUUUCCUGUUACUCCUCAUCAAAUGGAUUGCUUGAGUGAAGUAUUUGAUUCCUAUGUGGAUUGAGGUUUGGAGACGGGGAAUGAUACAACAAUGAUAUACAAUAUUUAUUUCAGAAGUAACUUUUUACCAUCUGUAUUAGGGCUGUUGUGAUUUGUGUUUUGUAAGAUUAGCAUGAUCGUACUGAGUCAUGUCUUACUACUAGCGUGCAAACUGUUCUAAGGAGAAUUUUCUGAAACUAAAAAUUACUGCAAGUGGUACAUUAAUAAUGUUGAAUAUAUUAAUAAAUCUUGGUAAGCAACUCAACGAAAGGGACCCGCAAUGGAUGAAAAUGUUUUGUUACAAAUGAGAAUGAUGCUAGAAUUAAAUAAACACACACACACGCAUACAUAGUAGUUUACCUCCAGCUACACCAAUUCUAUUUGUUAUCGCCCUUCACUUUUGAGCUGAAAUCAUUUUAUCUCUCACUGCUAUCAAAAAUCAAAACUGAAUCAUUCUAUAUUCAAAUGAAAUACUUCAUCACGAAAAUAUUGUUUUAUAAUAGUUUAAAUAUAUUAUUCGAAAAAUACUUUUUCUAACUCAGACCAGUAAAUAUACACUAAGACUCAGAAUAUAUACUAAUUCUACAUUUCUAUAAUUCAAUAUAGAUCUGCAUAACACAUUUAGAACUAGUUGGGAUAUAUGUCUAUAUGUGUUUUUGUUUUUUACAAUGUAUGCCCUGAUUGUAGUUAAUGAUUGACUGACUCAGCUGAACUAAUCCGUUUAAGGAUGUGCUGAUUAAAUUCAUUAUAAAACUUGUUUCAGUUUGAAAGUAGAUUAUGUAAAGAUGUAUAUCUGUUGACUUUAAAAAAAAAAUUAAGGUAGUGAGUGACCAUUAUGUGUAGUUGGAACAUCUUUAGUUUUAUUUUUAUGUAUACUAUAAUAUUUACUAUACCAGUAUAUACAGAUGUAUAUCAGUAGUAGUUAAAAGUUUUACUUUUCUGGAUAAUGAAAGCUGAGCAUGUAUCAAAACUAAAUAAAAUACAGUACUCACACAUUUCAA